AUGGAGACAUUUAGUGAUGGCGAUAUCCAGAUAUUUCCAAAUCAAAGCCUUAUAACUAUCUUUCAAAAUGUGUCAACACUGGACAAAAACUCUCCAUAUUAUGGACUGGAACCAGGGAUCUGUAUCCAUAACAGUAGUGAUGAAUAUGAGCAUUUUUAUCUUUCAGCCCAAUAUGUAACAGGAAUGAUCAUAUAUCCGGUAUUAUGUAUCAUAGGGAUUACCGGAAACGUUUUAGCCUUGGUCAUACUCAGUCACAAGAAUAUGGCAACAUCCACGAAUGUGUAUCUUUCCGCCUUAGCUGUUUCAGACACUUUAAAGUUAUUAAAUGAUUUACUCUACUUCAUAAUGCUAGUGAUAUCAAUUGGCAAUCCAAACGCUGGGAGCAAAAUGAUGAUCAGUUUGUAUGCGUUUGCACAUUAUAUAUUUAACAUGUCUGUUUGCGUUACUGCGUGGCUGACCGUCUCUGUAGCGAUGGAGAGAUACAUUUGUGUUUGUUAUCCGACACAGGCCAAACUACUUUGUACAAUUCACAGGGCAAGGAUAGUGUGUAUCGCUGUUUUCGUUGUUAUGAUUUUAUUGUCUUUGCCCUCGGCGUUCCGCUACAAACCAGCUGAGAUCUACGAUGCUAAACAUAAUACAACAUGUCACCAAAUCGCCUUAACAGAAUUGGGCGCUAAUACAACAUUCAUGGUACCUUAUCAAUGGAUACAAAAUUCGUUACGAUCUAUUAUCCCUUUAAUUGUUCUCAUUUAUCUCAAUGUUCGGAUAAUAAAUGAAUUACGGAAAGAAAGAGUGAAGGGAAAGAAACUAUCAUCACGAAAUAAGAUAACAUUAAUGUUGAUUAUCAUAAUGGUGGUGUUCGUGGUAUGUAUAACGCCUGAUGCAGUGAUGUCAACAUUUUUCGGAUUUGGUUAUGUGGACGAGAGUAGUUUGGUGAAAGGCAUUCGUGAAAUCACAGAUUCUUUACUUGCAGUGAAUUCAGCAUUUAACUUUUUAUUGUAUUGCUCUUUGAGUAUGGCGUUCAGAAACACAUUGAUAGCUUUAUUCUGUGGGUGUAAAGAAGGCUGGUUUAGUCGAGUGAGCAAGAGAAAUGUGCAAAAUGGAUCUUUGAUUAUCCGAGGUGAUAAAAACGAUCGUAAGAACUAUCGUACUGGUGAUGAAACGUACGUUUAA